AUGGACAGGAUCCUCGCCAUGUCCCUCAUCGGCGCGGCUCCGGGCAACGUCUUCGGCCCCGGCAUGAGCGCCGGCGCGCUGGAGAGCUUCGCCCGCGACGGGCGCGGCAAGGCGGAAGGCGGCAGCAGGGCGCCAGCGGGCAGCGCGAGGCUGGCGCCAGGGAAAGGCGGGGAGGGCGCGGCCGAGAGGGCGAGAGAGGCUGGGGCGAAGGGUGGCAAUGACCAGCAGGAAGGGAGCGGCGCCGGCGCUAAAGCGCGGUUCCACCCGGCGUCGGAUGGGAUGUACUGCUUCGAGACCGUCGCUCCGCAUUGACAUGCUCGGCGUGCUCCUCUGUUCUUGGCGAGUUCUUGGUUGGUCUCUGUGUUAGGAGACCUAGCGUAUGUUUCGGAUUGGCAACUGUUAUGGAAUCAAAGUUCUGAAAUUGGAGCAACGUUUUUUUUUUAUCGCGAGAAAACAUUGCAGCAAAGUCAUGUGUGCUUUCCCCUUG